UAACGCUAGUUUCUUAAUUUAAAUCGCAAGUUUCCGAAAAAAAAAAAAAAAAAUCCGUGCAUCAUCAAAAAUAUUAUAUGUAAACAUAUUUAUUGUAUUUAAUGCUUUAAAUCAUGUUAUCGAAUCUGAUUAUAUUCUGCACACUUAUGAUUAAUGCAUGUGCGAUACUGAAUUUUAAACUAAAAAAAAAAAAAUCAAGUGGUGAUUCAUUUACUGAAGAAGAACCUGGAGCUGUUGACAAGAUACGAGAAUUCCUAUUAAACCUACGAUAUUUUAGAGUUUUUAUUGGUCUAUGGAAUGUAAUUAUAAUGAUCAUGAUGUUUGUGGUAUUUUCCAGUUGAAAUUGAAAACUUUAUUUUACUUGAAGAAAAAUCUCAAAAAGAAAA